AUGUCCAAGGAAGGUGGAGAUCUCAACCAAAUGGCCAAAGAUGGCACAAGCAUUCCUGGCGAUGCCGGAAAGCAGAACACGAUCCCGUCGGUGCCGAACCCAGAGCAGAGGUCACAGCACGCCGCAGGUGGCAUCGGCGCGACUUCCCUGCACAGCGCCGCCGACAAUCCGAUUGGGGGAGGGAAAAACGCUGACGACAAUGCCGUAACUGCUAGCGGACAUGCGGUGCCGCAAUCGACCGCAGCUAAACCUAGCGGUAGCGGCGGGAAGGAGCGGGAUCCUGAAAGGUUCCGGACAUUCUAG